AUGGGAGGAAAUGCUUCUCCUUCCGCUGCUGAUUUGAAGGCUAUUCUCUCUUCAGUUGGAAUUGAGGCAGAGGAUGAGAAGGUUAACUUUCUUUUGACUGAGGUCAAGGGUAAAGAUCUCACUGAGCUAAUUGCUUCCGGAAGGGAGAAGCUAGCAUCAGUGCCAUCAGGUGGUGGUGUAGUUGCUUAUGCUACUCCAGCAGGUGGAGCAGCCGCUGCUGCUGAGUCAAAGAAGGAAGAGAAAGUGGAAGAGAAAGAAGAGUCAGAUGAUGAUAUGGGUUUCAGUCUCUUUGUCUAG